AUGGCUUUUGCCGAACGCGUUUCCCUGAUCAACAUGCGAUCGUACAGUGCUGGCUUCGCGGAAGAAGAGCAAAAGAUGCUUCGACGGACAGAGAAGUGUGCCCCGGCAAUUUCAACCAUGUCCCUCGGGCGCGCCUGGGUGCAUUGCAUGCCAGAAAAGCUGCACCAAGCCGCCAAAGCAGGGUUUCAAGGGAUUGAACUUUUUUAUGAAGACUUGGAAGGCUUCGCAAAAUCACCUGGAGAGGGUAGUAUCAUAGACGCAGCAAGAGAAAUACGUCGCUUGUGUGAUCUCAAUCAAUUGGCUAUCAUUAAUUUACAACCUUUCGGAUUCUACGGGGGUCUUUUAGACCGCGAAAAACACAAACGAAAGAUUGAGGAGAUAAAAUUCUGGUUCAGAUUGGUCAAGAUAUUAAGAACAGACCUGAUUCAUAUACCGUCGAAUUUUUUACCUAAGGAGGAACUUUCAGAUGCUAUCGACCUUCUUGUUAGCGACAUGACUGAACUUGCCGAUUUGGGUCUGGAGGAAAGACCCCCUGUAAGGUUCGCCUUUGAGAGCCUUUGCUGGGGGACCUAUGUUGACACAUGGGAACAGUCCUAUGAAGUGGUGCAGAGAGUGAACAGAGUAAACUUUGGUUGCUGCCUCGACACAUUCAAUAUCGCAGGCCGGAUAUGGGCUGACCCGGAGAGUCCCUCGGGAAGAACCCAAAAUGCAGACACCGCCCUCAAAGCUUCCCUUGAUCGAAUGCGUGCAACCAUCGACAUUGAGAAAGUGUUUUUCAUCCAACUGGUUGACGCUGAGCGCAUGAAGAGACCCCUAAUUGAGGGACACCCAUGGCAUGUCAAGAACCAGCCACCGAGGAUGUCGUGGAGUCGCAAUGCAAGGCUCUUUGCAUACGAGACAGACAGAGGUGGUUACCUUCCCAUUCUAGACAUCGCGAAAACCAUAUUGAGAGACCUUGGGUAUAAAGGGUGGGUGUCUAUGGAAUUAUUCUCAAGAACAAUGGCGGACCCCGACCCUUCGGUGCCGGCCACGCACGCAAAGAGAGGAAUCGAUUCCUGGAAAAAGCUAAGCGCGGAUAUCCUCGAUAUUGACAGAGUUUCUCAUCAAUGCAGUGGACGGCUUUGA